AUAUAUAAAUAUUAAACUUUUAAAAUUAAAUAAUAAAAUUAAACAAUUAUAAAAAAACAAAAGAUAAAAAUUCCUAAAAAAAUGAAAAGCCUUGUUUUAUUAUUUGCUCUCGUUUUAGUAGCUAAUUGCUAAACUGUUUACUAAUGUCCAAAGGAUGGAAGAGUUUUCAAGUGCUCAAGUGAACCUAAGGAAGUCUGUGGUAUCAAAACUGUUCACGGAGAACAGGUCAAAGAAACAUUUGUCAAUAGCUGCUAAGCCUGCUCUCUUGGUAAGGUUGAUUUCACUGUUGAUGGUAAAUGUGAAAAAUACAUUGCUGAAGCUGAAUUUUGCCCUCCUUCUUAUAAAGAAGUUGAUGCUUGUACUGAAUAAUUCUAGCCUUAAUGUGCUUGGUUUAACUAAUCAGUUAAAUGCUUAGUAUACCCUUGUGCUAUUGAAGUCCAAAAUAGAUGCUAUGGUUGCAUUAUCAAGAAUGUUUUAUUCACUACUGAAGGAGAUUGCCCAAAAUCAGUUUGA